UACGUGCGCGCACCCCUCUAUCGCGUGGUGGUGAUCAUCCAUAUUGCUGCUGGUGGUGGAGAUAAGGUUGUAAUCCUGAGAGGCCCUCGGACACGUUUCUUUAUUUUUAUAUAUGUUUUAAUCCGGCGCUGACUGCUCUGCGUCUUAGACUGAAGCUCUUUUAGUCUAGGAGCGACAGAGGAGCGGCAGACUCCGCGGAACAACUUCACAUUUCCUAGACAUUGAAGGCGAAUUCGGGCCGGGGGGAGGACUGGUAAUCCUGAGGGGGGAAGAAAGACGGUGGUGGGAAAUGGCCACUCAGGUGGAGGCUCUCCUGCCCGGCAACCCGCUUGCCAAAGCUGAGGAGCACGGCAAAGUGAUCCCAUGUGAGCCGGAGGAACAGGAGGGUGGCCAGGGCGACGGGGCCAAGCGGGAGACGGGUGUCGCCGACCAGGGGAGCAGCGGCAGCAGCAGCCCCGGGCAGGGAGGGACCCCCGGUACGGAGGAGCAGACUUCCAAACAGGCUAACGAGGAGAGCAAAGGGGGCUGUGACAGCGAGGACAAGCAAAACGAGGAAGGUGGUAAAAGCAGCAGCAGAAAGGAGUUUACUGAAGCUCCCCCGCCCAAGGUGAACCCGUGGACUAGGAAAAUGAAUGCGGUGACCGUGGUCAGCGUGAAUGGACAAGCACACCACGAUUCGACCGGCCCCGCCAAGGUGGUGAGAGCAGGGAACCCACCCAAAGCCAGACGUGGGGGAAAGGUUGGAGACUUUGGUGACGCAAACAGCUGGCCAACUCCAGGGGAGAUCGCAACUAAAGACAUGCAGAUCGAGGCAGUGACACGGACCGUGUCCUGCCCGCCGACUGUCAGGCAGGUCAGAGACUCAUGGAGAUCCACUGCCCCCAAGAGGUCGACAGCCAAGAAGGAGUCAAAGGAGAAGAGAGAGAGCAACGAGGAGAGCAAGGAGAACCUGAAGGCCAAGUCAGACGACUCCGGAGAGGAAAAGAAUGGCGACGACGACUCCCAGAAGAACGGGCCAAAGAAAAAAGGAAACAAGCAGAAGUGGGUUCCCCUGAUGAUCGAGGUGAAGUCCGAGGGUCCCAGGGAGCGCUCGGCCUCCAGGAACAACAGCAGACAGAACGAAAACCCCCGCCUCCCUCCCAACGCCAGGAAUGACCUCAGAGACUGGCACAGUCAAAAGUACGAGCGGGAGUGGCGUGACGAUCACGACGAGGUGUCCAGUGUGAAGAGUGAAGGGGCGCCGUUCCGCGGAGGGUUCAGAGGUCGUGGCCGUGGAAGAGGAAGAGGCCGGGGACGAGGCAGAGGUGGCGGGAGAGGCCACUAUGACUACCACUACGGAUACAAGUCCUACGAUAUGAAGGACGGACCUUACGGCCAGAAGUUCAGCAACUCUGUGACCUACUACUACGACAACAUGAGCAGCAACGACCUAUACACCGUCGAUCAGGACCUGUUGAAGGACUACAUCAAGAGGCAGAUUGAGUACUACUUCAGCCUGGACAACCUGGAGCGGGACUUCUUCCUGCGGAGGAAGAUGGAUCAGGAGGGUUUCCUGCCCAUCGGACUCAUCGCCAGUUUCCACAGAGUGCAGGCUCUUACCACCGACAUCAACCUCAUUUUGGAAGCUUUGAAGGACAGUAAGGAAGUGGAGCUGAUCGACAUGAAGAUCCGUCGGAAGGUGGACCCUGAGAAGUGGCCUCUGCCGGGUCUGACCGUGCCUAACCACACCCACACCGACUUCUCCCAGCUCAUCAACUGCCCCGAGUUUGUCCCAAGACAAAUGACCGAGGAGCCCAGAGGGUCUCCCAGGGCCUCCACACCAGUGCACCAACAGACCAAGACUGAAGCAGACACCUCCAACCUCAAGACGAUGCCCAGGGGCCUCUCCGCCAGUCUCCCUGACCUGGACUCUGAGUCCUGGAUUGAGGUCAAGAAGAGGCCCAGACCCUCCCCAGCCAGACCCAAGGCCCCCUCGUUGCAGCAGCAGAAGGAAAAGGACGACUUGAUUCGCUCCUCGAUCCCCCAGCCUGGCUCCUCGCCCUCCCCUGCUACCUCAGGAAAUAAGGACGGAGUGGAGCAGGAUGAACCGGAGGAGCUGGAUUUCAUGUUCGACGAGGAGAUGGAGCAGAUGGAUGGUCGGCGCAACACCUUCACCGACUGGUCGGACGAGGACUCAGACGGUGAGAUCGACGACCACGACGUCAACAAGAUCCUGAUCGUGACGCAGACGCCGCCCUACCUGAGGAAGCACCCGGGGGGCGACCGCACAGGGCACCACACAUCACGCGCCAAGCUGACCAGCGAGCUGGCCAAGGUGAUCAAUGACGGGCUCUUUUACUACGAGCAGGACCUGUGGGACGACACGUACGAGCCAGAGUACGCCACCAUCAAGCAAGAGGUGGAGAACUUCAAGAAGGUCCACCUGAUCAGCCGCGAACAGUUUGACUGCCUGACUCCUGAACCCCCUGUCGAUCCCAACCAGGAAGUCCCCCCGGGCCCCCCACGACCCCAGCAGAUCCCCACAGACGCUUUGGCGAACAAACUCUUCGGUGCUCCUGAGCCCUCCUCAAUAGCUCGCUCGCUCCCAACUACCGUGCCUGACUCGCCCAACUACCGCAGUGCCCGGACGCCCCGCACGCCUCGCACCCCUCACCGGAAGGACCCGACAAUGACGCCACGCUUCUACCCAGUGGUGAAGGAAAGUCGGCCUGUUGACGCCAAGACGCCCAGGAAGAGGAAGACCCGACACAGCUCCAACCCACCCAUGGAGUGCCACGUCGGCUGGGUGAUGGACUCCAGAGAGCACCGCUCACGUACCGCCUCUGUCAGCUCUAACGCCAGCCCAUCAGAGGGCACCCCUGCCAUGGGUAACAUUGGCUGCACGCCUCAGUCCCUCCCCAAGUUCCAGCACCCAUCACACGAGCUGCUCAAGGAGAACGGCUUCACGCAACACGUUUACCACAAGUACCGCCGCCGCUGCCUAAAUGAGCGAAAGCGGCUGGGAAUUGGCCAAUCGCAGGAGAUGAACACACUCUUCCGCUUCUGGUCAUUUUUCCUGCGAGAUCACUUCAACAGGAAGAUGUACGAGGAGUUCAGACAGCUGGUGGUCGAGGAUGGGAAAGAAGGAUACAGGUACGGUUUGGAGUGCCUCUUCAGGUACUACAGCUACGGUCUAGAGAGGAAAUUUAGGCCAGAUAUCUUCAAGGACUUCCAGGAGGAGACCAUCAAAGAUUACGAGGCUGGCCAGCUUUAUGGACUGGAGAAGUUCUGGGCCUUCCUUAAAUACUCUAAAGCCAAGAGCCUGGAGAUUGAUCCCAAGCUUCAUCAGUACCUGAGCAAGUUUAAACGUCUGGAAGAUUUCAGAAUUGAUCCGCCUAUGGAGGAAGGAGGCCGCAGAAGACACUCAUCCAGUGGGGACGGUCGCCGCCGGCAUCCCUCUCAGCCCUCCAGCCGGCCCCACAGCCAGGCCAGCCUAGGCCCCAGCCUCGCACCCACUGGCCAGGGCCCCACAGCCAGGGAUGAUGCCAAAUCCACCAGCCAGAAAGCCCCCGCCCCCACUGCUGACCCCGCAUCAGAUGCCAAGACACUGAAGUAACCCCACCAACACACCGGCCCGCAUGGAUCAACUCAACCACGUCAAGACGCCGGUUCUCUCUGCGCCACAGGAGGGGGGAGGGGGAUGUCCAGCUCUCAUUCAGGCACGAGAAUAUUUUUAUUUUGUUUUUUGUUUUUUUGCCAUGACAACUUCUGAUUGAAAAAUAAGGAAGAAAAUAAUUAAGAUGGCUUGGUUAUUAAUUAGUUUUUGAGGAAAAUGACCUUUUGCCUCAUCCAUUCUUUUUGAGGCAAAGCAUGGAUCAGGAGUCAAACAAUUUUUUAAAUUUUAUUUUUUGCUUUUAUACGCCAUUGCCGGUCCACACGGUGGAUGGUUAAGUGGUGAUUUACCUCUUUUUUUUUUUUUUUUUUUUUUUAACGUUUAUUUUGACCCCCCUCUCCGUCACUGGGACCCUGCUUUGAUCAUCACUGUCCUGCUGGCUGAAAGAUAUUUGAUUCCUUGCCCAGAUCUCAGAUUAAUGAUUAUUAUUUCUUCGGCAUGUGGUGGGAUUGGAGACUUGGAAAUAGUUUGAUCUAGACUGAGCAUCUGAAAAGCCCCACUAGCAGCCGGCUGGAGGCCGUGCUGCUCCUGACCUCUAACCGGACCAAAGUGGUUUGAACCGAGCGACUUACAUUUCCAUCCGCAGAGCCCCGAGUGCUCUCACCCGAGGGGCUAAAAAAAGAGAAAUAUUUGAUUUACUUUCCGGCUGGACUCUGGGGGGAGAAACAUUAAAGAACCAAAAUGAUAAAAAGAGAGGGGAAAAAAAAGACUUGUACCACCUCCUCAUUAUGGACAAGGUCAUUGAAAGUUGCCUUAUUUUAAUGGUUUUACUGCUUCUAACUUGUGCCCGCCACCUUAUUGUCGAUUGUACAGCAUUGAAAUCACCCAUAUACCUGGUCACCGCGCUGUGUCUGCCAAACUCCAUCGCCCCUCUCACUCCCUUUCUGAGCUGUCUUCCAAGUGUCAUUCGGUCUGUUACAAGUCCAGUAAUUCAAGUCGUGUUUGCAAGUUGUGGCUUUUUGUGCUGAAACACGUCGACCUGGUUGAAGUCCCCUGCCCCUCUCCAAGAAAAAAAAAAACACAAAACAAAAAAACACUUGAGUGGAGUGGGGAGUUGGGAAGGGAGGAUCCCUGUUGGAUCUCCCUUUGGGUGCUUCCUAACUUCCUCUGUCCCCUCCUUCUGCCUCCCCGUCAGACGAGCUGCAUCCAUCCGUUCAUCCAUCCGCUUGACAUCCAUCCAUCAGCCAACCAUCAGUGACACUACAGGACUGGAAUCAUCAAUCUGGAUUACUUGAAGAAACGAUGAUUAUGAAGAGGGCCGUCGUGCUCUGACGCAGGUGCUCUGGGUGGAGACGCUAAUGAGGCUCAACGAGGCUCAGUUUGGCCUCUUGACUUUACUGUUGUUCGCUCGGCCGACCCCGCUGCUUAACGAGGCCGAUCUGGCCUUGGGCGCUCACCGCCUCUUCCUGUUUUACAUAAAAAGAUACACACAUCAGCCGCAGGCAUGAACACUGACGGGUGUAGUCGCACGCAGGUACAGAUGUAGCAGCGUGAGCAAGAUGAAUACUAAACACACAGCUCGAUGUCUUGCCUCGUUGUGGACAGAAAUUCAAGACUGGAUUGUUUGUUCACGCUCUUUUUGUGUGUUCACUCGUCACUCUUCCUACACUCAGCUGUGUGGAUAGUUAAAUCUUUAUCCAACUUGAGAACUGAUGAUAUCAAAUAGUGAUUUUUUUUUUCCUCCAUUAAUGUAAAUGUGAAUUUGACAGAUGAAGAGAAAUGAUUACAGCUCCCUGCUACUUGUUUUAUUGUUUAUAGAACAGAUUAUAUAUUUGCCUUACACGUGUACGUACUCUAACUUUUUUUUUUAAUGGUUUCAUAAUUAUCUUUUAAUGCUUUUUAAUUUCAAUUUGCAGUGUUUCUAGCAUUGUUAGGAUGGAGGUGGGGUUUGUGUCAGGCUGUUAAAACAUCUGUGGAUUUCAGAAACGGGAACAUAGUUCACAUCAGAAAAGGGAACGUUGACAUCAGGACAUCAACAGGUAUUCAGCUCAUAAACAAAUCUGUAAGCUUAUAAUAUUUCAUGUCAAAAUCACAGUUAAUUUACUAUUCUUUGCCAAGAUGACAGAGCAGCAUUUCCAACAGCAAACUGUUAUUAAAUCAUCAGCCUCCAGCUUUUCUACAAACAGUAUGUCUGCAAAGUUUAAAAAUGAUUUGUUUUGGGGAUUUGAAUUGAACCAGAGCUUCUGGGGGAAAAAAAAUUGAGUCUUAAUACAAACAUGGUUAUCCAGAUGCUUAUUCAAGUGACCCAUUUUCCAUUGACGUACUGCAAUGUUUGUUGCAGUUUUUGCUGUAGAGUACAGUCACAUCAUUGAAAUUCUUAAAUUGGAAAAAGCCUGACGUUUUUUAGAUGAAACUGUGUUGGACACCUGUGCCUGUUUUUUUUUGUUUUUUUUUUGUUUUUUUAAGUCUAGGUCCUUGGGUGUAAAAAAAAAAAAAUCGUUGAUAUUCCAGCAGAGUGGAGGUGGAUAUCACAUUGUCUCAUCAGUGUUUCUGUUCUUCAGUUUCUCCCUCUAAACCCAGAAUUGAUGGAAACAUGGAAAUGUAAAGCAAAGCUGUACUUAUUUUUUUUUUUUUAACAUCUUGUUGGUUUAACUUCAGGGAGACUUGGAUCCAUUUCAGAAGCUUACAGUUGAUUCAUCAAGUUGUUUACCGGAGGUUUAAAGAUGGGAGAAAAAAAGAGCUACAAAAUAUUCAGAAAAGCAAAACUCCAUGCAUUUCCCAAAACCAGCGAAAACCUUUGAAUGGGUGAGCUGGUGUGUGGCUGCAGACAUGACGGGCCGUCACCAGGGGACCUUCCUCCUGCGACAGUCACACGAUCCCUCCCUCUAAUGUGAUCAUUGCCUGCCAUCACCUGGCACCGGACAUUUGGGGGUUUCAGGUGUUUUGGGAGUUUUCAGCCUUCUAUAUCAGCUUAGAACUGCUGCUAGCUGUCCAAACAAACUGCAGGGGGCGCUGCACCCUCUGCUCAUCAGUUUUACAUGGACUUGGCCAGAUGGCCGGACACUGGAGAGAUGAAACGAUGGACGUGGAAAAGAGAGGGAGGAGCAGAAAAUGAGAAAGAACCCGACUGGGGUUUGUGAUGUUGCUCAGAGGAAUAUGGCUGGUUAUGAUGUCUGGAGACUGAAAAAAAGGACAAAAUUCCAUAAAGCCAUAUGAAUAAGAAACUGUAUAUGAACCAUUAAAAUAGUUCAUUACAUUACAAUAUCCUAGGCUUGUCAUGAGGAAAAAAAGAUGAAAAUGAGGAAAAAAGGAACAAAAAAAUAUAUAAAAUGGAAAAAUGUAAAAUACUUGAAUGAGAUCUUGUAUAAUAUCAUUUAAUAUUCAUAAUAUCUGCUUUGUAGGCUGAUGUGAUUCGCUAUUAGUGUUAUUUGUAAUUUGUAGUAAUUAUGCUUUCCUUUAAUAAAGAAAAAAAACACAAAACCAACAAAAAA